AUGUUUUCAAGGAAAUCGACCAACAACACAAUGAAUGCAAAAAUUCCAGAGGAAUCUCCAUUGAGAAAGCCGCGCAAAUCAAGGACUCCAACGAAAGCAUCAAAGAAAAUCGAGUCACCAAUCGAUGUGAAGAACAUUCCGCUACUUAUACCGAAAGAGGAAGUGCUUUCUGUUGAACGAGAGCAAAUUCCGCAAAUUUCAAAACGAGAACAGGCAAAAAAGAAUCCUCCUCCAACCAUUCCUUUCAAAAUGCCGAUGGAUAUGACGACUUAUUUGAAGAAGUUAACAGAGAACAAGCUUGACGCUCCAAAAAAGGGAUGUCUGAAGAAAAUGGGAAAUCACUCAUUUGCUGCUGAUAUCUCCCAAUCGAGCAUGGCUGCGUCUCCUUUACCGAGUUUUCUAAGCGAACCCUCACCAAAAACUCUUGUAAAGAAAUGGGAUGAACAGAAGCAAUUGAAUGUUGCAAAGGCUCGCGCUGAAUUGUUGGCUGUUGUUUCAAAUGCGGGUUUAAAAGAAACCGAGCCAGAAACUAGAAAAGAGCGAUUGAAGAGGGGAGUCAUCCCAGUAAAGUACACAGAUGAAGCAUUCGAUGAACAGAUUAAACAAGCCGUCAAGCGAAUCAACCGUCGCUCUCGCUCACAGCCAUCGAGGACUCCGAGAACGCCAGCCUCAGCCAAGACUUUUCCAAAGACACCGGCUGUCAAGAAAAUGCGAUUGGUGCCGUUGAAGGGAUUGGAUGAGCCGGAAAAGAAACAAAUGAUGAACCUCUCGAUGCCCGUGCAGACACCAGCGCCCAAACGAAAGCACGAACUGCGAUUAAACAAAAGCCUUGCCACUGAGGAACCGUCAAAAAAGAAAGCCAGAGAAGGCUCAACCCAGCGACGCGUUCAGCCACCUCGUUUGGCCAAAUCGAAUUUUAUGGAAAAAUUUACAUUCCACUUUGAAGCCAGCCGUAUCAACAAGAAAACACUGAAUCAAACGAUUGAUCGGACACUUCGAAAAACACCAAUGAAGGUCAAAGAAGAACCUGAAAAAACACCAAAGGCAAGGAAAACUGUUCAAGAUACUCCUAAACUGCCCAACCCACAAACGAUAAAGAAAGAUGAGAUGAAAGCGAAGAAAAGUGAAAAGGUAAACACAAAGACUUCAAAAGUAAAUGAGCAAAAGACAACCGAAGAAACGAAACGUCGUGGAAAGAAUGAGAUAAAAGAAGAUAUUAAGGAUCAAGGAAAGCCGAUUCAAAGAGAGGACAAUAAGACAUCGAAGCGAAAGGCUCCAGAGCAUGAGAAGGAGGAAAAAGGAGUAUCGGCUAUGAAAGGAAAUGUGAAAGAUGAAAGAGAAGAAAAGAAAAAGAUCAAUGAUGAGAACAAGGAUGAAAUGCCGAAGAAACGGGAAAUGCCUGUAAGGAGUGUCACUUUGAAGCAGAAUGUCGUCAAAGAAGUCAUUGUUGAUAAGAAAGAUGGAAAGAAAUCGACCACGAACAGACCCAAAACCAAAGAGCCAAAGAGGAAGAUCUUCGGAGAUGUCAAGAACACUCUCAAGAAAGAGACUGUGACUCUUGAAGCUCGCUGUGGACAAUCGCAAGCAACGAAAGAACAAAUCAUCGACUUGGAUGCUGAGGAAAAGAAGAAGAACCUCCACAGCAGCUCGUUCGCCUCACUUCUU